AUGGUAACUACUGUUGAAGCUGAAGAAUCAGAAGAUGAAUGGCAUAUUUCUUCUGAACUUGGAUAUAAAAACCCAAAGGACAAAAUGGAAGAUAUAUAUCGUAAAAACAUUAAAAUUAAAUCAGUUAUAGCAAACUAA